AAUGAGCGAUAAUCCAAUACCUCCAAACUUUUUUCUUGCUGAAGUUCAAGCAGCUUGUAAUGCUCUAGGUUGUGCAGAAGAGGAUGGGUAUCACAAAGAACCUGAUUGCUUGGAAACAGUAAAAGAUCUCAUUAGAUUCUUGAAGCGUGAAAAUGAGUAUUGCGAUGUUCGACGUUUUUUGGGAGAAUGUCAAAUUGUGCAAACAGAUUUAAUACCUAUCAUAAAAUAUAACAAAGGAGAUAAAGAAUUAUUGGAAACUACUAUAAGGCUUCUAGUAAAUCUAACUCAACCAGCCGUAAGCUGUUUUGAUAAUGAAGUUCCAACACACAAAACGGUUUUAAAGUACUAUAUAGAGGUACAAUCUCACUUAAAUCGAUAUAAAGAAUCGUUUUGUGAUGAGGCAGUAAUGGCAAUUUUGUCGGAGACACUUCAAGAUAUAAUAAGCCUGGAUUGGGAAAGUCAAAGAGAGAACGAUCGUCUCUUGCUCGAGCGCAUAUUACUCCUGUUAAGAAACGUCUUACACAUAGUUAUAGAUCAUAAAACAGAUAUUCGCACGGAUGACGACGCCAAUAUUCAUGAUCAACUUUUAUGGGUUAUGCACAAGAGUGGUAUGGAAGAUCUUCUAUUGUAUUUAGCUUCGGCAAAUGAAGAAAGUUUCUGUAUGCACGUUCUUGAAAUCGUCUCACUUAUGUUCAGGGAACAGAAUGCCAAAGAAUUAGCCACAGUUGGCGGAGAUAAAAGUAAAAUUCAUAAACGAAAAGAAGAGGAGGAAUUGGCCAGACUUAGAAUAACCGAAGAGGCUAAGAGAAAAGAGAUGUUAGCGAAAUUAGGAUCGAGGCAUAGUCGAUUUGCAGGAACAGUAAUAAUAAAAAAUUUUAAAUCUAUCAGUGACAAAGAUAUGAUACUUCAUAAAAAUAUUAAGCAUACAAAGGAUAUAAACUUUGAUGCGCAUAAAACUGCGAGAAGAGCACCUAAGAAUAGAGCACCUAUUAAAGAUAGAGAAGUAUCUAGGAGAUCAACUUUAAGCAUUCGAUUAUUUUUGAAGGAUUUCUGUUCGCAAUUCUUAGAAAAUGCUUACAAUACACUUAUGAGAAAUGCCAAUCAUGCUCUCAUGCGUUCAAAAGCUCAGGAGAACGAUGAUACAUACUUUCUUUGGGCAAUGAGAUUUUUUAUGGAAUUUUCAAGAUGCGCGAAUAUGAAAUUAGAUUUCGUAAGCGAAACUAUGAAUAUGUCAACAUUUCACUACGUAGAAACUCAUUUAAUAAACUAUCACGAAACAAUAACCAUUGAUAAGAAAAACGCCAUUCUAUGGUCAAGAAGACUUCAUUUGGCAUUAAAAGCCUAUCAAGAACUAUUAAGAACGCUUCAUUGGAUGUCAUCAUCAUCGGACUUGGUAGUUAAAAGAAGCGCAAAAGUUAUUAAAAGCAAUAUACUAUACGUUCCUGAAUUUCGAGAUGUGUUUGUAAUGCUUUUACGAACUUUUGAUGAAGCGAGACAAUCAAGAUCUUUCUUAAGAGAUCUUAUCGAAUCAUCUCAUAUUUUUCUUAAAAUUCUAGAAUCACACUGCAAAGGAAGUAAUACUAUAAUGGUGGAACGUAAAAGAAAGAAGAAAAAUAAGAAAAAGAAAAUUGCAAAGAAGCCCGGCAAGAAAACGGAAGAUGAUUUAUUUCGUAUUUGGGAAUCAAUUAGUACUGACGUUGAUGAUUAUUUAGCUUUAAAGAUACCACUACCUGAAGAAGAAGUUCGAGUUUUCGAUCCAGCAAGUUCAAUUGAACCUUCGGAGCAGAAGAAAGAGGCUAUGUUAAGAAUUAAGAAUGCAUUAAUGGAGAAGGAAACUGGUACAGCAAUCCUCUUGUGGAAUACUGUUAAGGAAUUUUGGCCUGAAGAGUUUGAAGGGGAAGAAAACGAGAAUGAAGUUUUGAGGCAAAUUCUAAUGGCCGAGAUAGAAGAAAGUGAAAAUAGAGUUGAAAACGACGAGGAAGAAGACAACGAAGAGGAUGUAGAAGAUGUGAUAGUAAGAGAUGAAAUAAACUUUGAUUUUAAAGAAUUUAUAUCGAAGUUUGCUAAUAGCAAGGUCGUUAGGGCAUAUUCAAUUCUAUUAGGAGAAUGGAGGGAUAAUUCAGCCGCUAUAAAUCACGCAAUUUUAAAAAUGCUACAUAGAAUAGCGUUUCAGUGUAAUCUUCCUGGUCUUCUAUUUCAUGCCCGAAUUUUUCGUACAUUUAAUGAAUUCUACAUAAAUGAUUUAUCAAAGAAGAGAGAAUUCGAUGAAUUGAAAAAUUUUGGUGUUCAUAUCAUAAGAAAAUUCGUCGACGCUGUUCAGAGGAAUCCAUCAAUUCUUGUAAAUUUCUUUUUUUGGAAUAGUACCAAUGAUGCACUGGAUAUGAUUGAUGGCUUCACACCGAGGGAUUCAAAGCGUAAUAAGAAGGUUGCAUGGACGGAAGAAGAAGAGGAACAAUUGAAGAAUAUGUUUGAAAAUCUUAAGGAAGAAGAAGAAGAAGAAAAUGGUGAAGGAGGAGCUGCUGGAGAUGAUAUCGUUGACAAACUUGUUCGAUUGCUACCGGGUAGGCCGAGAACAAGACGACAGAUUAUACGUCAACUAGUUCAUCUAGGUCUUUUGCAAAGUGCUCGCGAUUUAAAGAAAAAGAAAAAGGGCGGUAACGAAUUAAGAAGGACUUGGAACGAAGAUGAAGAAGAAGAGCUUCGUAUGGCUUUUAACGAGUUUAAAGAGACUGAUGACAUUGUCGGGUGUAUUCUCGACAGUUUGAAAGUAAAGAGAUCAAAAGCGGCAGUAAUAAAUAAAUUACUGAGCUUAGGCCUCAUAUCUGAUAGAAAGGAAGUAAGAAGAAAGAAGAAAAAGAAUAAUUUCGUUUUAGAAAAAGAGCAAGAUAACGAAGAAGACGAAUUAGAUGUUGACACUUUGGAUGAUAUAAUAACUUCUUAUCAAAGAAAAUCUCUGAAUCCUGACAUUGGUUUAGAUUGGGUAAUUUCUCUAUUGACACGAGCUAUUGAUGACAGAGGCGAUGGAGAAGAUCAAGAAGCAACUGCUAUCAUUCCUCUAAAAGAUGAAGAUGAGGAAUGCUUAGAUGAUCCACAUUUUACGAGAAUCUUAAAGAAAAUUGGCUUUAGAAAACCAGAUAUGGUUCAAGAAAGAUAUUGGAGAAUACCUGCUGACCUUUCUUGCGAAUAUCUUGAAGAGUGCUGCGAUACUGUAAAGGUUAAAAAGGAUGACUGUCCUGAAGAUAUUAACGUUGCUGACAUAUUAAAAGGCAGGCAGUUUUUAGAUGAUAGCUUUUCGGACACAGAGCCGUCCACGUUGGGUCGUGGACUAUUUAUUGGUGCUAGUGAUGACGAGGGUGAUGAAGAGGAGGAGGAGAGAUUAAGAAUUAGAGAGGAAAUUGAUUCUUUGUUACUUAAUAAGACGCGACCCGCGUCAGAAACACUAGAGGAUGUUAUUAAGGUCUAUAAAAGUAGAACAAAUGAUUAUUAUCCUGGUUUAGACUGGGUUUCGACCUUCCUGAGAAAGGCUAUCGAUAGCAGAAAAGAUUGCCUAAAUCCUGAAUCUAUGGCCGUUGUACCAAUUAGAGAAGAAGAAGAAGAAUAUUUAGAAGAUGAGAAUUUUUCAAAAAUUUUAAAGAAAAUAGGUUUAAAACAACCGGAUUUAAUUCAAGAGAGAUACUGGAGAAUUCCAGCAGAAUUAUCAUUAGAAUAUCUGGAAGAAAUCUCAGAUACACUGCAAGCUGAGAAAAGCGCUGACGAAGAAAACGAAGAUAUGGAUUUUAGUGAAAUGAUAAGAAAACGAAGAAUAGGUGAAGAUAGCGAUUCGGAUGUUGAAACAUUUUCAGUGAAAAGGAAAAAAUUAAUAUUAGACGAUGAUGAUGACGACGAUUAG